GUCAUCCGGAGACGGCUGGGCAGAGACGAAGGACGAGAGGAGCUGCGGCUUUCUCCUGACUGUAAAUGACAGCCGUCCUGCUCCUUGGAAGUGGCAGCACCAUGCUGUAGCACCGCCGAUGGCGUGCGAGGACAUGGCGACUCUCCUGCCCCUCCUGUGGCUUCUGGCGGCGGCCGACGGGAUGCCCGACCCCGCUCGGCGCGACCUGCUGAUGCGGGAGGAGGCGUCCAGGCAGACGGGCGGCCGGACGACGCUGACGGCGGCCGAGCAGAAGCUGGACGCGCGCCUCCGUCGCCUGAAGGAGCAGGAGAUGUCGGCAGCAUCCUUCCCCCCUGCUGUGCACUUCUUCAAGGCCAAGUCGCUCAUCCAGGAGAGCUCAGUGUUCAAAGUGCUGCAGAAGAUGCCCAAAGGAGCAGCUCUGCACAUCCACAGCUCGUCUCUGGUCGGCGUCGACUGGCUGGUGAAAAAUGUCACCUACAGGCCGAACUGCUACGUCUGCUACACGUGGGACAACUCGGUGCGCUUCGUGUUCUCCAGUCGGCAGCCCUUCCCUCGGUGGGACUGCUUCUACUGGCAGCUGGUCCAGACCCUCAGAGACAAGACGGGAGACCCUGCAGGCUUUGACUACAGUCUGAUGCAGCACCUCACGCUGUUCACCGAGGAUCCGGACGGCGAAUACCCCAACCAGGAUGUCGUGUGGGAGAAGUUCGAGAAGGCCUUCAUUGCAGCAGCGGGACUGAUCACUCACGCCCCUGUGCUGCGGGAUUACCUCUACCAGGGCCUGCAGGAGCUGCACGACGACAACAUCCUGUAUCUGGAGCUGAGGAGCGGCCUGUCAAAGACGUACGAGCUCGAUGGGACCGUCCACGACAAAGUCUGGACUCUGAAGCUGUUUCAAGAAGUCACGCAGAAAUUCAUAAAAGAUCAUCCAGACUUCUUUGGGGCUCGGAUCAUAAUUUCCGUCCACAGGGCUCUGGGUGUGUCUGAGGUCAAAGCAGCUAUAAAAGAGGCCAUUCAGCUCCAGAGGGAUUUCCCAGCGGUGGUGUCGGGGUUCGACAUGGUUGGCCGGGAGGACAGCGGCAGGACGCUGUGGUACUUCAGAGAGGCUCUGUCUCUGCCGGCUGAACUCGGAGCCACGCUGCCGUAUUUCUUCCACGCAGGCGAAACAGAUGACGAAGGCACUGAAGUGGAUCAAAACAUUCUGGACGCCUUGCUGUUCGACACCAAGCGCAUCGGACACGGCUACGCCCUGGCUCACCAUCCGCUCGCCAAGGAGCUGUCCAGGCAGAGGAACGUGGCGGUGGAGCUGUGUCCCAUCUCAAACCAGGUGCUGAAGCUGGUGUCGGAUCUGAGGAACCAUCCCGCCGCCGUGCUGAUGUCUGAGGGCCACCCGCUGGUGAUCAGCUCCGACGACCCCUCUCUGUUCGGCACCACGGGCCUCUCCUACGACUUCUACCAGGCCUUCGUGGGCAUCGGGGGGCUGAAGGCCAACCUGGGCACUCUCAAAGAGCUGGCCCUCAACUCCAUCAGGUACAGCUCGCUGCCGGCUCACGAGAAGGACGUGGCUCAAGCGGCGUGGCAGAGGAAAUGGGACGCCUUCGUCUCAAACUAUUCAUAAGGACCAAACCACAGCGGAUCCUGUUUGAACAAACGGACGCGUCUCCGGAUCAUUAGCAGCUUUUUCAUUAGCACCGAUUAGCUGGAGAGUUCAAAUGUUUGUAAAGGACGCUCC